UAGUUCUGUUUAAACCACUGUUUGAAAAUUAAUAUUUAGUCAUUAAUAACUCAAAUUAACAAAAUAAGUAGAUCAAAACAACGUUUGAUUAUAUUUUAUUGGUUUCAGGCAGUUUGAAGCACCGACAGAGUAAUCAUAUUUAAACGCUUAAAAUCAACAGAACUACUUUUCAAGAUGUCAGCGCCCAUGGGAAUAGGAUUAAAAUUCAACAAAAUUAAUUUUCUUUCGCUGUGUAUUGGAUUGUUUUCACUGACAAUCGGCGUUUUGAAUGGCAUAGAAGUUGAUGACUUCUUUACCAGUGACCACACCAACAACUGGGCAGUACUGGUCGACACUUCCAGAUUCUGGUUUAACUACAGACAUGUGGCUAACGUUCUUUCUAUCUACAGAAGUGUGAAACGAUUGGGCAUUCCUGACAGUCACAUAAUACUGAUGGUUGCCGAUGACAUGGCUUGUAACCCUAGAAACCCUAGACCAGCCACUGUUUUCAACAAUGUUAAUGAGCAGAUCAAUGUGUAUGGUGAUGAUGUAGAAGUGGACUAUAGAGGCUAUGAGGUGACGGUAGAGAACUUUAUCCGUGUGUUGACUGGAAGACUGCCGCCCAGCACUCCCCGAUCCAAGCGGCUCCUCACAGACGAGCACAGUAACAUACUUGUCUACAUGACAGGUCAUGGCGGGGACGGGUUUCUUAAGUUCCAGGAUGCAGAGGAAAUCUCCAGCGUGGAGCUUGCAGACGCAUUUGAACAGAUGUGGCAGAAGAAAAGAUACCAUGAGGCAUUCUUCAUGAUCGACACGUGCCAAGCAGAGUCCAUGUUUCUGAAGUUCUACUCUCCCAACAUCCUGGCUGUGGCCAGCAGCAAAGUGGGCGAGGAUUCCCUCUCGCACCAUGUUGAUCCUGCUAUCGGAGUAUACGUAAUCGACCGCUACACAUACUACGCUCUUGAGUUCCUGGAAAAUGUGCAGCCUAACAGCAAGAAAACCAUGGGACAGUUUUUUCGAGUGUGCCCCAAGAGUCAGUGUGUGUCCACGGUAGCGUUCAGGACUGACCUCUACCCGAAGGACCCCAACAAAGUGCUCAUCACAGAUUUCUUUGGAAGCGUGAGGAAUGUAGAACUUCUUACUGAGACCAUCUCGUUCAAGAAUCUCUCCAUGCAGGACACUUGCAGUAAAGAGAGCUGUGUGGAGACAAGCAGUCCUAAAUCCAGUCAGCAGCUGAAGUACGCAGACCAGUUCCCUAUGCCCACCUGAUGAUAUCAAGGAUAUAGGAAACUACUGACUAAUGUGCUUGUAUAAAAUAUAAAAGAAGUGAAACUCCAGCUGCUGGAGUAGUAUUGAAUUAUUAUUAUAAACAAUUAGUAGGUCCUUUAUUUAAGGCAAGUGACUGAUUGCCAAAACAGUACAAAACAGGACAAUACAGCACAAUACAAAACAAACCUUAGUCACUUCACCCUAUGUGCCCAAGAAGUGUUGCAAAUAAUUAGUGUAUGUAAAAUGGGAAAUUAAAUAAUUAUAUAUAGUAGUAACUUGUGUAAAGAUAUGGUUAACAAUUGACGAAUGAGACUAAAAAACCUAAGUCACUUCGACAUAUGUGCUGAAGAACUGUUUAAAAAAAAUUACUGUAAACUGGGAAAUUAAAUAUACAGUUAUACCUUCUGUUCAGAUAGCUUAAACAACUGAGUAAUUUGUCAAAAUAAAGACUUCAGUCACAAUGUGCUUGAGAACAAACACAUGAAAAGGACUGUGUUGAAUCUUUGGGUUUCAAUAGUGUUCAACAUAAUUAUUUCAAAAUAUUUUUUUCAUCCUUAAGAACUAAGGCUGUUUUUCCAAUGUGUCUUUCCAUAUCUUACCAUUUGCCAAGCAAUUAACAAUUGCAGAAUCAAAAUUCCCUCUACCUGAUUUUAAACUUAAUAUUUUUGAUGUUAAAUUGAAACCAGAAGUUAUCAGUAUUUACUUAAAUCCCCUUGUAUUCUUAUUUCACUGUUUACCAGUAUUUUAAAAAUAUCAAUAACUGGUAAUAUUAGCGUUAUUUGGAGUGUCAACUAACAGCAUACCAAAACUUAAAAUAAUGAAUAGAUGCUUAAGUAAAUCUUCAACAGUCAGUUCAUAAGCGACCAUUGUUAUCAAAAGCAAAGUUCACUUUUUCUGUUAAAUGUUUAUGUUAUUCAUUUGCAGUCAUUUAUUAAAAACACUGCAUUGAUGUUAAAUUCAAAAUAUUUCUUACAUGUGUAUAUAUUCUGCGAUUUGCAUUUUCUAUCAAAUCGAGCUCAUAUUCAUUCUAAAUGAGUUUGUUAUAUCCCUUUCCUGUGUCUUUAUUAAGAUUUACUUUAUAUAUAUAUUUGUGUAUUUAUUAAAUGGACAUGCUUGCCA